CACCCCCAGCUCCAACCCCCGGCAGGAAGAGCUUGUCGCAGGAGCAGCCGCGGAAAAGCCACUGAGCUCGGGAGGGCGGGCGCCUGAGCCGUGGCGGGGCCGGGCGGGGCAGCCAUGCUCCUGUCACCCCCGGCGCAGGAAUGGUUCAUGGUGCAGACAAAAUCGAAGCCUCGGGUGCGGCGGCAGCAGCUCCAAGUGCAGCGCAUCUUCAGGGUCAAGCUGAACGCCUUCCAGAGCCGCCCUGACACUCCCUACUUCUGGUUGCAGCUUGAGGGGCCCCGAGAGAACAUGGGCAAGGCCAAGGAGUAUCUGAAGGGCCUGUGUAACCCGGAGCUGUGGAAGGAGGUUCGUUACCCGCCAAUCCUGCACUGCGCCUUCCUAGGGGCCCAGGGCCUCUUCCUGGACUGCCUCUGCUGGAGCACCUUGGCCUACUUGGUGCCUGGCCCCCCUGGCUCCCUGAUGGUGGGGGGGCUGACUGAGUCUUUCACCAUGACCCAGAACUGGCUGGAGGAGCUGGUGGCCCGGCUGCGCUGGGGUCCUGCUCCUCUACUGACCCCUCGGGGGAUCUGGGAGGCCGAGGUGACCCGGGCCUUUGGGGCCCUAGUGUGGAUCCGUAGUGACCAGUAUGCAGGGGACCUGUUGCGGCUGCCCCCAGCAGUUCAAGAGCUGCUGCUGAGCCUGGUGCGGGAUGCUGCGGGCAAGGAGGACAUCAUUGAGUGGCUUGGUCACUUUGGCAUCUCCAACACCCACUCCAGCCCAGGGGUCCUGAUCUUCCCUCGCCAACAGCAGAAGGAAGGCCCGGGUAUGGUGUCAAUGGGAGAGACUCCUGAGCCCCUCCUGGAGAUGGGGACCCUUCAGAAUGGGGGCUCAGAAAAUCCAAAACGAUUAAUGAGCCUGGGAGCCGCCAGAGCCCUGGUCCCAGCCCAGAGCACACAGCAGGAGACAACAAACCAGCUGGUACGGGUUGGUUCCAACAACCAAGGUGGUACAGACAGUGCUCGAGAGGAAAGGCCAGCGCAAGCCACCAGCAGUCAGGACUCUGCAAACCACACACAAGCCUUGUUGCAGAAAAGGCAGGUCCAGAAGGUGGAAGAUAAACUCUCUUUCCAGCCUCCAGUGUCAGCUCUGGGUGUGUGUCCAUCCUGGAAGGCCUGGGCCCCGGGUCCAGCCUUUGGGCCUUUGUGGCCUGGGACUAUUGCUGCAACCUUCUGGAGAAUCAAUGAGUUGCAUUCUCUCCACCUGGCCUGGCUCCUGUCCCAGGCCUGCUUCAAUUUUCCUCUCUGGCAAAGGCCGUUGGGCCCCAUUCAGCUGAAGCUGCCAGGGCAGAAUCCUUUGCCCCUAAAUCUGGAGUGGAAGCCGAAGGAGCUGGUGCCCCUGCCCAGUGUGGAAAGCUCAGCUUGGAGACCCAAUAGGAGGCUAGGAGGAGAGCCAACCCUACAGAAUUGCCUGAGGCCUGGAACCCCUCCAAAAGUUAUGAGCUUAUUGGUGGUUCCAGGGGGAUCUGGUGUGAAACAAAAGGCUAGUCCAGGACUUCCACAGAUGGAGUUACCUUUGACAUCUACACUCCAACUGCAAGCGGGAGUUGAGUUGGGGGAUCAAGGAAGUGUUGUGUUGGAUUGUAAGGGCCUGGAAAAGGGGUCCUUUCCAGAGCCAUCCACAGAGCAAGGGGCACCCAUAGAGCAAGGAAUGCCUACAGCUCAAGGGAGGCUGAUAGCCAAGCCAGCCCCUGGAGCUCAAACAGUGCCUGAAACUCACAAAGUGCCAAUAGCUGGUGUAGCACCCAAGGCUGAAAACACACCCGCAACUGAAGGGCUGCCUGCAGUUUCCCAAGUGCCUACAGCCCAAAAGAUGUCGGCAGUGCACGCAGAGUCCACAGCUCCCAAAGUGCCUUCGGCUCCAACAAAGGCAGCAGCUCAUGUGGUGCCCACAGCUCCAAAGGGAGCCAUGGCCCAACCAGCACUGGCAUUGGCAGCUCAAGCGGUGUCCACAACUCCCAAAACUCCCACAGCUCAGAAGACACCUGCAGCGAAAACAUCAUCUGCAGGUCCCAAAACACCCAAAGGUAAAGCUGGGCCUGCAGCUAAAACAGCUUCUAUGGCUCCCAAAACACCUGCAGCUUCCAAAAUACCUGCGACCCCCAAAGCACCUGCAGCUUCUAAAGCCUCCAGAACUCCCAGAAUGCCUGCAGCCCAGGUGUCCACAGAUGCAGGGCCAAUCUUUGAUGUAGCCAAACUUCUGAGUGAGGUCCAGCCUGCAUCCAGGGGUAGUGUCUCCUUACUGAAGGGCCAGGGGGAGGCUGGAAGGCAGGGCCUCCAAGCCAGCAGCACCUUGGCCCCCAGCAGCAAGCACCAGUUUCAGAAGGAGGGUCUCCUGGGGGCCUGGGAGGAGGCUCCGAGGCAGCCGCCCCGCCACCCACAGGCAAACAACACAGUGACCAGCUUCCAGAGGUACCACGAGGCCCUGAACAUGCCCUUCGAGUUGAACUUGUCAAGGGAACCAGGAAACCAGGGGUUGCGGCGAGUGGUCAUUGACGGCAGCAGCGUGGCCAUGGUGCAUGGCCUGCAGCACUUCUUCUCCUGCCGAGGCAUUGCCAUGGCUGUGCAGUACUUCUGGAACCGAGGUCACCGAGAGGUCACUGUGUUUGUACCUACCUGGCAGCUGAAGAAAAACCGGAGGGUAAGAGAGAGCCACUUUCUGACAAAGCUCCACUCACUCAAGAUGCUUUCAAUUACCCCCUCCCAGCUGGAAAAUGGCAAGAAGAUCACCACCUAUGAUUAUAGGCCUGGCCCCGCCCCCGACUGGGGAAGGCCACGCCCCUCCGAGGCCAGCCCGGGUCUCCGACCCCCGCCCACACCGCCCCCUACUGACGCUGCUCGGAAUCAGCCCACCCGGCCUCCUCCAGCCGCAGUCCCAGCUAACAGAGGGCGACGUCCCUGGCGCACGCAGUCCUCCUGUCCUCUCCACCUGUUGCCCUCUGCAGCCGAGCGGCACCCUUGCUGGGAGACGGGGCGCCUAAGAGGGUUCGAACUUAGGGGCCUCCGGUGGUUCGCGACCCCCCCAACCUCCCCCACCCCGUCGUGA